GGAAUCCACCCCGGUCAUCUUUCAGCCCUUUUCCGGACACUUUCUUUCUUAGCUCGAGACCAGCUUUCCCCCGUGCUCUCCGCCCGCAGCGGUGAUUUUCUUCCACCUUCUCCCCUGCAUCAUUUGCACCUUCGUACCCUCUGACUAUAUCGUCUGGAAGUCCUGCGCCUCCCCUUCCUCGCGAUUCCCUCUCGACCUGCAGCGGCCUGCGAUGUCUGCGUUCGGUUAGCGCAUCUGAACUGCCCCCCAUGGCUUCCAGCAGCCAUGACCGCGGCACCGACGACGAACAUCUUCCCUCCCAGCACUCAAUUCCUCUGCAAGACCUGUCAGGGACCUUCGACCCUGACAUCGAGCCGAGGAAUACUACGGGUGGGGUAGCAAGCAGGCUUAGUCGGUCAUUGACUGGCAGAGGCCGCACCGGAAUAAAUUACGAGCGCAUCGCGCUUGAUUCCCCCAUUGAUCGGGUGGCCGGUGUGCCCCCGCACCACCACGAUGAGCACGCAGGCGCUGCGAUCGAUGAUCCGGGCGCAUUCGCUCAAGCAAUAUCAUCAGUCGGACUCAGCUUCGACCCCUCCCACCGAGCCUCACUGACGCCAGUACCGACCCGCGAUGGCUCCAGCUUAGACCUUGACACGGUUCCCUUGGACGAAGCCGAGAACUAUCUUACACACACCGAAACCUACACUGACACGACCCCAUUGACGAAUAUCCGGAAUGUUCAGCCCAUGGGCGGCGCCUCCAGCUCCGAAGACAUUCUGCACCACGAUGAUCAGCAUGGUGCACCCACGGCUCAAUUCGCCAACACAGCCGGCGGCAAUCCGGAUGCACGGUUGGGUGAUGACCUGGAGGGUGGCUUUCACGGCCGACGGCGCGGAUUGAGUAGUCCUGGCGAGAGGUCGCGCUCACUGUCUCCCUCGGCGCCCGGGUCGGCUUUGCAGCGAGCUAGUUCGAUGAUGAAGUCCAUGUCUCAACGUAUCGUCAAUCUUAGUAACGAGCCGGAGGUUGUGGAACAGUCGAUUUUGAGAGAGGAGUCGCACAAGAAUGCGCGGAUGGAGGAACCGCCGGCCCUGCCGUCCUUACCGGACUAUGCGCACGAUAUGCCGUCUCCCCACACACCUUGCAGCCCGGCUGCUCAUCACGAGAAGCUACCCUCGAAUAGCAAGGCAUGGCGCAAGAUCAGCAAUCCGUUGAGGGGCAAGUCCCUGGGAAUCUUGGGUCCGGAUAAUGCUCUGCGGAUGUGGCUGUGCGACAUCUUAGUUCAUCCGUUCACAGAGCCUUUUAUCCUGGUGGUGAUUUUUAUUCAGACAAUCCUACUGACCGUCGAGUCAUCUCGCUCCGUUUGGAGCCAUCCUCGUGAUGUAAGUUGGGGCAAAAACCCAACCGAUUAUGUUUACCUAGCGAUUUUCAUCAUCUAUACCCUCGAGGUCGGCGCCAAGAUCCUGGUGUCCGGCUUAAUUAUCAACCCUGCUGAAUACAGUACAAUCGACCGAUCAUUAGGCUUCAGGAAAGCGGUGGUCGAGAAGGGGAAGAAUCUCAUCAUCCCACAGCGUCAAUUUUCAGUGAGAAAGUCAACGGUCGCUCCAGAGCAGCCGCAGGCUUCUAUUAUACGAACGUUCACGGGAGGGUUAAACCAAUUGGAAAACCAGCUGGAACACCAGUUGGCGGAUGAUCCCUUGCAGAAAAGUCGCGUACGACUGGCGCAUCGAGCGUUUCUCCGUCAUUCCUUUAAUCGUCUGGACUUCGUCGCAUUGGUCGCCUACUGGGUUUCGUUCUUCCUCUCAGUGUAUGGAGUGGAGACUAGCCAGCAGCUGUAUGUCUUCAGCAUGCUCAGCUGUCUCCGGAUCCUUCGUCUUCUGGCUUUGACGAAUGGUACCUCUGUAAUCCUUCGCAGUUUGAAAAAGGCUGCGCCGCUGCUCGCGCACGUUGCAUUCCUCAUCGGUUUCUUCUGGCUUCUAUUUGCCAUUGUGGGCAUUCAGAGCUUCAAAUCUAGCUUGCGAAGGACUUGUGUUUGGAUUGGGGUGGAUGGUCAAGGUAACUAUACGCAGGAUGAACAAUUCUGCGGUGGUUACCUCAAUGACGGCCAGCAUUUCCCAUGGCUACGUGCUGACGGCACCCCGACAACUUCCAGCCCAAAGGGUUACAUUUGCCCACAGGGGUCUUUGUGCGUUGAAGGUGACAACCCUUACAGUGGGACCAUGAGCUUUGACAAUAUCCUCAACUCGCUGGAGCUCGUGUUUGUAAUUAUGACCUCGAACACGUUCACGGAUAUCCUCUACUAUACCACCGACAGUGAUUACCUGGCAGCCUCUCUCUUUUUCGUCUGUGGAUUGAUCAUUCUGAGCUUGUGGAUGGUCAAUCUGUUGGUUGCUGUCAUCACACAUUCCUUCCAAGUCAUUCGCGAAGAGAGCAAGCGCAGUGCUUUCGCCGUUCAAAAGAUAGACUUGACCCACAAAGAGGAUCCAUCCGCCCGCAAGAUAAGUACCAUCAAGCGUAUCUAUGACAAGACAGAGUGGUUUUGGGUUUGUGUCAUUAUCAUUGACCUCGCUACACAAGCUCAAAGAAGCGCUUCAAUGGGCGAUGACCGGAAGUCUCUUAUUGACAACACCGAGAUCAUCGUUACCCUCAUUCUUCUCGUGGAGAUUGUCUUGCGGUUUGCCUCGGACUGGCGUAAUUUUCAUCGCAAGGCGCGAAACUGGGUUGAUCUGGGUUUGGCAAUCAUCACCUCUGUGAUUCAAAUCCCAGCCAUCAAGCAUACUCGUGCGUACGAUGUUCUCACAAUGUUCCAAAUUUUUCGAGUCUAUCGAGUGGUGCUCGCGUUCACGGUGACCAGGAACCUCAUCAUGGUAGUCUUCCGGAAUGCUACUGGUUUGCUGAACCUCAUUGUCUUCGUGUUCUUGAUCACAUUCCUUGCAUCCAUCUUUGCGACACAGCUCUUCCGCGGCCAAAUCCCGGAGGAAGAUGACAGUGGCGACUUUAUCUUCAUCUCGUUCUCCGAUAUUUACAACUCUUUCCUGGGAAUGUACCAGAUUCUGUCUAGCGAAAAUUGGACAGACAUCUUGUACAAUGCCACGACAUACACGGUGGCUUACAAGACCGCCUGGAUCUCUGCGACUUUUUUGAUUAUCUGGUUCAUCGUAUCCUGCUUUAUUGUCCUGAACAUGUUCAUUGCUGUCAUCCAGGAAAGCUUCGAUGUGUCGGAAGAUGAGAAACGGCUGCAGCAAGUCAAGUCGUUCCUAGAGCAGAAGCAAGUCAGCAUGUCUUCGCAAGGAAACUUGUCGCUCUCGAAGAUUCUGAUGAUGGGCCGCAAGUCGGAGCGCUACAAAGAUCCUCUUGAUCACGGACCAGCGGCGCUGGAAAUGCUUCUGAAGGAUGCUGUGGUGCAGGAGUUCCUUGACGAGCAGGAGCCGGCGGAAUCGCAAAACAGGGAAAGCGUGCCACUGGAAACGACGACCACGGCGGAGAUAUCGCAGCCUGGCAUCUUCUCGCGUUUCUGGAACAAGUUUGCGACAUCGGUUAUGCGUCGAGAACCAAAUCCUUUUUACUCCAAGCUGAAAUUCUCACGAGCAUACGACGAGUUAGACCCGAGGACAAUGGCUCGGGAGGUCGUCUCGGCAGCUGAGCAGAGAAAGCGAGCUCAGCGCGAAUACCUGAUGCGCCACCCUAAUUAUAAUAAGUCAUUGUUUAUAUUCGCGCCGGACAACGCAAUCCGGAAGUUGUGCCAGCGUAUGGUUGGACCCGGUCGCGGUACUCAGCGAGUGGAGGGCGUCGACCCCUACAAGCCGGUCUGGUUCACUUUCUCUGCUUUCAUUUAUGCCGCCAUUGUCGCAAUGGUCCUCCUGGCCUGUAUCACAACUCCGAUUUACCAGAAACAGCACUUUCAGAACAACCGAGACUGGUUCACUUAUACGGAUAUGGGCUUUGCGAUCUUGUUCACGAUUGAAGCUCUUAUCAAGGUGGUCGCUGAUGGAUUCUUCUGGACGCCCAAUGCGUAUUUCCGAAGCUCGUGGGGGUUCCUGGACGGUAUCGUCUUGGCUACUCUUUGGAUCAGUGUGGGCGGUUCACUGUACAAGGACUGGGGUUUGACUCGGGCGAUUGGGGCUUUCAAGGCACUCCGAGCACUGCGGUUGUUGAACGUUAGUGACAGUGCCAAGGAUACGUUUCACUCGGUCAUCAUCGUGGGAGGAUGGAAAGUUAUUGCUGCCGCUGCGGUUUCGAUGAGUUUUCUAAUCCCCUUCGCCAUCUACGGCGUCACGCUUUUCGCUGGGCGGAUGGUACAGUGCAAUGAUGGCGAUGUGUCUGGCAGCCUGGACACAUGCAUUGGCGAGUACCUGAGUUCCCCUUCGAACUGGGAUGUGCUUGCGCCCCGGGCCGCGGCCAAUCCAUACUACGACUUCGACAAUUUCGGUGACUCUCUCUUCAUUCUGUUCCAGAUUGUCUCCCAGGAAGGGUGGAUCGAUGUUCAACAGAGUGCCAUGAGCAUCGUAGGGGUCGGCCAGCAGCCGCAGGACUACAUAGCACCAGAGAACGGGCUGUUCUUCAUCGUGUUCAACUUGCUCGGCGCCGUCUUUGUCUUGAAUCUGUUUGUGUCUGUGUUCAUGCGCAAUUACACGGAACAGACUGGGGUUGCCUACCUCACUGCGGAACAGCGAUCGUGGCUGGAGCUGAGGAAGCUGCUGAGGCAGAUCUCCCCUUCCAAGCGGUCCAUCGACAACAAGAGCAAGCAGUGGAAGAUGUGGUGCUACCGCGUGGCUGUCAAAAAGCACGGCCGCUGGGCGAGGUUUGUUACUUUCGUUCUCACCUUUCAUCUUCUGCUAUUAGUGCUAGAGUUCUACCCCGAAGCCAGUCUCUGGAACACGAUCCGCGAGGGUUUGUUCUUCGCAUUCAACUUUGUGUACAUUGCCAAUGUGGUGAUCAGGAUAGUUGGCCUCGGCUGGCACCGAUUCAGCCGAAGUUCCUGGGAUCUCUACUCCCUGAUCUCGGUGCCUGGAACGCUGAUUACUACGAUACUCAGCUUCGCGAACUCGGGCCAUGUAGUCUCGGAGCUGAACAAGCUUUUUCUGGUGUCGAUUACGCUGCUCAUCAUUCCGCGUAACAAUCAGCUCGACCAACUUUUCAAGACGGCCGCAGCCAGUUUGACGGCCAUCGGAAACCUUCUCGCGACCUGGUUCGUCUUGUUCCUGGUGUUUGCCAUCGGAAUGAACCAGGCUUUCGGCCUGACCAAAUUCGGGUCUCAAGAGAGCGACAACAUUAACUUCCGUGACAUCCCACGCACGCUGAUUCUGCUCUUCCGGAUGAGUGCCGGUGAGGGGUGGAACGAAAUCAUGGAAGACUUUGCGACCAUGGUACCACCCCUCUGCACCUAUGCCAGCAACUACUUCGACGACGACUGUGGCAGCGCACCGUGGGCCCGGUCGCUCUUCAUUGCGUGGAACAUUAUCAGCAUGUAUCUCUUCGUAUCACUGUUUACCUCUCUGAUUUUUGAGAGUUUCUCCUACGUGUAUCAAAAGAGCAGUGGGCUCUACGUCAUCAGCCGCGAGGAAAUCCGUCGCUUCAAGCACGCAUGGGCUACGUAUGAUCCCGAUGGGACGGGCUACAUCACCAAGGAACAGUUCCCGCGCCUGUUGGGGGAGCUGUCUGGUAUCUUCUCGAUGCGGAUCUACGACGGCGAGUUCACGAUACCCCAGAUUCUCGAGGAAUGUCGGGUGGACAAGCGCGACUCGCUUCUGGCUCAUAGGAGAGUAGUGGACGGGCUCGAUCUGGACAAGAUGUCUCGCAUCCUGCGGCGCAUCCCGGUCGAGAAUAUUCGCAAGCGACGGCAGCAGCUCAAUUCGUUCUAUGAGGAGGUGCUGGUGUCGGCGGACCCGGUGCGCGGCAUCUCGUUCCACUCGUGUCUCAUGAUCCUUGCGCACUACAACGUGAUCAGUGACAGCAAGAGUCUCCGACUGGAGGAGUUCCUGCGCCGGCGGGCCCGCCUGCAACGUGUGCAGGAGACGAUCCGACGGCAGACGGUGAUUGGGUUCUUCGAUACGCUGUAUUGGCUGCGGCAGUUCCGACGCAAGGUGGAGCACAAGAAGUCGGCCCGGAUGAGCGGGGUGCCACAAUUCUCGGUGCCGGAGAUCUUCGUGGAUGACGGAUCGCAGGACGAACCGGCGCCGGUCCACGCGCCUCCUUCCGAUGGGUUUGUGGGCGCGGAGCCCCUCCAGCCGAUGCUGUCCCCGACCUCACCCACGCGACGCGAAGGUGGCGGACCGUCCCGACUGGGCGGACUUCCCCCGAUUGACACGAGCAUGGGCGGACGCAUCUCCGGGGCGAACUCGCCCACGGAGUGGUCGAGUAUCAGUCCGUCGCUGUCGCCGCGGCGGGAACGCGCCAACACGACCUCGUCGUAUGGCAGCGGGCCGGACGUGCUGGAGGAGAUCCAGAGCGCGACGACGGAGCGGCCGCCUAAUGUGAACGACGUGAUGCAGUCGCUGGGCGACUCGGCGUGGGGCGAGAGUAUCCGACGUAGUUUUACGCAGCGACGACGGUCGGGCGAGUAAUGCGUUUGCCGUAUCUUGAUGUUUGUUGAGCCUUGAUUUAUGUUAGAGAUGGAAUAAUUCUUGCAGCGUUUUCUAUUUUUUUUUUUUUUUU